AAACUGUCCCGGGACUCAGAGCUGCGCUUCUCCCUCUCCCCUCAGCUUCUAAAGGGAUACUGUUUCUCAGGGAUGGCUGCAUCUAUUCUGGAGGUAGGGAAUGUAAUUGAAGACGCACGCUAUGGCUCCAGUCCUCUGGCUAUGUUAACUGCUACCUGUAACAAGUUCGGCAGCACCAGCCCAGUCAGGGAUUCGGCUACACCUGGUAAGACCGGCAGCACCACUCCAGUAAAGAAGCACUACAGCAUGACCUCUGAACUUCAAACAGCCAAGAACGGGCGGGCCACAGAUGGCAGCGGCCUGGCGGACUCCUACACUGGCUCCUUCACCACAGCCGGAGGAGGAGGAGGAGGAGGUGGCGGGCUGCUUACUCCCACUGGAAGCCCCCCUCCUUCGGCCGGAGGCUACACUACAGAAUAUAACCCUUUCUCCCACUCCUUCCAGACCUCUGUCUCCCAGGACCCGUCUCAUUUAGCGUCCAAGGCUCAUGCUACGGCCGACUGUCUCACCAGUGUCUAUACCUCGCUGGACAUGACGCACCCUUACGGUUCAUGGUAUAAGGCUGGCAUCCACCCGGGCAUAACUGCUGCUCCAGCUAAUGCCACAUCCUCCUGGUGGGACGUCCACCCCAACUCCAACUGGCUGUCAGCGACGCAGCCCCAGACGGACGGGGGUCUCCAGGCCUCUCUGCAGCCUGUUGCGCCACAGGCGUCCCUCAGCCCACAGCUGCCCAGUUACAGCACCGACUUUACGCCCCUUAACCCGGCCCCAUACCCUUCUGUGGGACUGGGCUCCUCGUCACAUCUCCUCCAACCUUCCCAGCACAUGCUGCCCCAGGACAUGUACAAGCCCAAGCCUGUGCCAAGUGCCGGGCUGAUUGAGAGUCCCAUGGGCCUAAAGCCUGCCAGGGGAUCGGGAGGUUACAGCGGAGGGGGUACGCCCACCAGGUCUUCAUGUGACUGCCCCAACUGCCAGGAGCUGGAGAGGCUGGGAGCCUCGGCCGCGUCCCUGAGGAAGAAACCGGUCCACAGCUGCCACAUCCCAGGCUGCGGGAAGGUGUACGGCAAGGCCUCCCACCUGAAAGCCCACCUGCGCUGGCACACCGGCGAGCGGCCCUUUGUUUGCAACUGGUUGUUCUGCGGGAAGCGCUUCACCCGCUCGGACGAACUGGAGAGGCACGUGCGCACCCACACGCGGGAGAAGAAGUUCACCUGUCCACUGUGCAACAAGCGCUUCACGCGCAGCGACCACCUCUCAAAGCAUCAGAAGACCCACGCAGACUCUACGAUGCAGGGCAAGGCCGUGGCCGUGGAGGGAGACGCGGAUCCCCGGAGCGAAGAAACCGCAGAGCUCAGCUCCAGCGCCGUGCCCAACAAUCCAGUCGCUGACCAAAUCACUAACGGAGACGAGAACACUGGCACGCCCAACGGAGUGGAGAACAGCAGUGGACUGUUGGAGAUCUGACUUCCAUCCAGUGCGAUUUUGUGACAAGAUGGGUUUCUAUUAUGUGGAGAAAGAAUCACGUUUAAUAUUAAAAAAAAAAAAAGAAGGCAGUAUUUUGUUUUAA